AUGAACAUGAAAAUGACAACCUCCAAGACCGAGCAACCUCUCGACUCGGUCGAGGAACACACCCGAGCAACGAUCAAAACAUUGUUCCAAUUUCUGCAUGCGCAGGGCCAGGGUGACUACCUCGGCGAGCAAGUAACUCAACUGGAACACUCGCUACAGUGUGCAUAUCUUGCCACCCAGUCCCCCGAGCAUGGAAAUGACCCCGAGGUCAUUGUGGCUGCGCUUUUGCACGAUGUCGGGCGAUUCAUCCCUGCGGCCGAGAAGAUGGAGAAAAUGAUCACUCCCGACGGCCAGUAUCUCGGAAGACAAAGCCAUGAAGCUCUGGGAGAGUUCUACCUGCGCCAGAUUGGUUUCAGUGAGAAGGUGUGUCAGCUGGUUGGUGCGCAUGUAAUGGCUAAGCGCUAUUUGGUCGCGACGGAUCAAUGCUAUUAUGAUGCAUUGAGUGAGACCAGUAAGCGGACAUUGAAGUUCCAGGGUGGCGGGUACAAUGACGAGCAGAUCCAGGAGGCGCAAAAGGAUCCCCUGCUUGAGGCAAAGCUUUCCGUCAGACGGUGGGAUGAUCUCGCGAAAAAGCCGAAUUGGAAAGUCCCUGAUCUGGAAACCUAUGAGGAAAUUGCCUAUCAGUGUCUUAUUGCCUCCCGGUCAAAGUUCACCCUACAUUCGAAAGAAUAUCACCUGCCAACACAGCCCACAGUGGUGAUCUGUGUUGAUGGCUUCGAUCCGGAAUACUUGAAGUCUGGUAUUGAGAGAGGCCUCCUGCCGACUUUCAAGAAAUUCGUUGAUGGAGGAUUCCUUGCCACCGCUAAGAGUUGCAUGCCCUCAUUCACCAACCCGAACAAUGUGUCCAUCAUUACAGGCGUGCCACCCUCGAUACAUGGAAUUGCCGGAAACUUCUUCUUGGACCGAGAGACAGGCGAGACCAAGAUGGUCACCGACGACUCCUUGCUUCGUGGAUCAACAAUACUGGAGCAGAUGUUCCGGCGUGGUGUACGGGUGUCAGCCAUAACCGCCAAAGACAAACUGCGCAAAAUCCUUGCCCACGGCUUAAAGGGAGCUAUCUGCUUUUCUUCGGAAAAGGCAGCGGAUUGCACUCUGGACGAGAACGGGAUUUCCGAUGUGGAAAAGUGGCUUGGUCAGCCUGCGCCUAGCCAAUAUUCGGGCGAUUUGUCUCUGUUUGUGCUUGACGCAGGCAUCAAAUUGCUGCAAGAGAAGAGAUCGGACAUUUUGUACUUGACAUUGUCCGAUUACGUUCAGCACAAGUAUGAACCUGGCAGCAAGGAGGCUGACAAUUUCAUGGGAGCAAUCGACGAGCGUUUGCAGAGCCUCGCAGCUCUAGCUCCUGUCAUCGGUGUAACUGGUGACCAUGGCAUGAGCCAAAAGUCAAAUGAGCUGGGAGAGCCCAACGUUCUCUUCCUGGAGGAAGUUCUCAAUGCUGAGUUUGGACCGAAUGCCUCCAGGGUUAUCUGCCCCAUCACGGAUCCGUUCGUUCGACACCAUGGUGCACUCGGGUCCUUUGUGCGCGUCUAUCUCAAAGACAUCACGCAACUCGGAUCGAUGAUCUCAUUCUGCGAGUCACUCCCAGAUGUCGAGGUUGCUCUUAGCGGCGAAGAUGCCGCCCAAAGAUAUGAGAUGCCUUUGGACCGGGAGGGUGAUAUUGUGGUUAUUUCCAAACCGCAUGCCGUAAUUGGCAGCUGCAAGGCGAAUCAUGAUCUCUCAAACUUGAAAGACCACCCGUUACGGUCGCAUGGAGGCCUAAGCGAGCAAGAGAUCCCAUUGAUUAUGUCAAAACCGGCGAACAAUGAGAGCAAGGCUAAGGCGAAGGACUGGAGAAACUAUGACGUGUUUGAUCUUGUGCUCAACUGGUCAAUCUGA